AUGGGUGCAUAUAAGUAUAUGCAAGAAAUUUGGCGCAAGAAGCAGUCCGAUGCUCUUCGCUAUCUUCUCCGUAUCCGCGCCUGGCAUUACAGACAAUUGUCGGCUGUUCACCGUGUGACCAGACCAACUCGUCCAGAGAAGGCCCGUCGUUUGGGAUACCGCGCCAAGCAAGGUAAAUUUUUCAUUUUCUUCUUGUUUGCUGAAAGAAAAGAAACAUGCCACAAUGUCUGGGCAGGGUGCCGCGCAAUGCGUGAACAACCUAAUCCAUUGAUGGCUAUAUAAAACUUCAAUUUCGAUUAAUCCCUGUCAAGUUCUUUAUUAUCUUGUCAGUUUCAUGCCCGAAAUACAAUCAAUUAUUUAUCAAAGCCAACUUUGAAAUUUCAGGAUACGUCAUCUACCGCGUCCGUGUCCGCAGAGGUAACCGCAAGCGUCCAGUCACCAAGGGACAAACCUACGGUAAACCAAAAACCCAUGGAGUCAACGAACUCAAGAACGCCCGCUCCAAGCAAGCCGUCGCUGAAGUGAGUUUUUAUUAUCAAAAUUGGUUUAGUUGAAGACAAACUAAUUUUCGAAACGUAUUUCCUGAUUCUCUGAACGAGAUUUUCAAAAUUCAUGCCACGGUGUCUGGGCAGAGUGGGCUGUUUUUAAUAGUACUAACUUAAUCCACCGUCGGCUAUAUGAUAGCUUUGUAUAAUCCCUGAACACCUCUGUAGUGUAUUAGAUUCAUGACAUUGCUACAUUUAAUCUGAAACAAAUUACUCAAAAAAUCAAUUUUUUCAAGUUCUAAUUCUGUAAUUUUCCAGGGUCGUGCUGGACGUCGUCUCGGAGCUCUCCGUGUUCUCUCCUCAUACUGGGUAGCCGAAGAUUCCACCUACAAAUUCUUCGAAGUCGUCCUCGUCGAUCCAUUCCACAAGGCCAUCCGCAGAAACCCAGACACCCAAUGGAUCACCAAGCCAGUUCACAAACACCGCGAACAAAGAGGACUCACCUCAGCCGGACGCAAAUCCCGUGGACUCGGAAAAGGAUGGCGCUUCUCAGCCACUCGCGGAGGAUCUCAAGCCAAGAACUGGAAGAGAAAGAACACCGUUGUUUUCCACCGCAGACGAUAA